UGCGGUACAGGAGCAAAUUCAAUGAGUGGCAGGUGGCCACAGACGCAAAAUUCACAAUCCCACGACGACAAAGCCCUGGCCAAGAGCAUCAGGGACAACAUCUCAACGGAGACUCCGAUGGGCGUGUACGGGGUCCCACCACGCGAACAGACAGCCGAAGGGAAGACGCUGGAAGAACCAAUCUUCACCCCCUUCGACCCCAUCCUGGUCAAGCUCGACGAGAGGGCAAAACUCUGCGAAGGCCUGACCUGGAGGGCAUGGCACACAAUCACAAUGCUGCCGUACAAUGUGCUGAACGGGAGGUUCAGCACGACCGACAUCAUUGCAGAUUCGCUGGCGGACAUCAUCAGGAUCCGACUAUUGACCUCCAAGACCUCGCUGCAGGACGAGGCAACUCCCAUCGAUGUGGACAUGGGAAGGGAAGAUUCUGACAUGGAGGACGAGGACGACGUAGAGAGGGAAGAGGACAACAAGAUCUCCCCAGGGGGAGACAACGAUGAGCCUCCAACGAAGUCGGAGAGCAACGUUGGGGAGUACGGCCUGAGCUCCUCAGCAGCAAGCGAGGACAACAGGGACUCCGACACCGACAGCAGCAAGACCCAGGCAACUGUGGACUGAAUCAACUUACCAUAGUAGAAUUACAACCCCACCCCACAAACUAACGAAAUC